AUGGAGAACAAAGAAUCCGUCAGCGUUAUGGAGAAAAGUGCGAUGUCAAGUUCAGGAACCAAGUCUGCAUAUCAAAGAAAAUUUCUAUAUGGUCAGUCAGGACGUAGUUCGACUCAGGGAGAUUCCGCAAGUAAUACCACAGAAGAUACUUCCAUUAGUAAUAAAUCGCAGAGCAAUUCCGCUCGACGUACGCCAGCAAAAUCAUCAGUCAGCCCAAUUUCGAAGAGGCUCUCCUCCACUUUGCCUGCCGGAUCAACGCUGAGACCCGAAAAUCAAUAUGCAAUGAAAAAAAAACGUUAUUUACUACUGAAGAAGGAACUGACGGACAAACAGAAAGUCGCGCAAGAUCUCUACAACGAGAUGUCGCAGCUUCGCGACAAGUUAAUUACCAAAGGUGCGAGAGAUCCAGGCAAAGUGGAAACUCUGAAGUUCGAAGUUGGAUCUAAACACUUUCCUCCGGCCGAACCGAGCUAUAACGAGGCAGCGAACGUGGAGAAACUGUCCGUUGGAAAAGAGCUGCUCGAAACUCUGGAGGAUAGGCUGCGGGAGAUCCCGAAGAAGUUGCGCGACUUCUGUCAAGAACUAUUGGAAAAACAGACGAAUUUCGUGGCUUUCGUUACCACGCACCUGAUCGAAGGCAGUUCGGAAGCGAACGAGCCGGAUCACGCGAACUCGGAGGUAAUCAUGAAGCUCGAGGUUCACCAAAGAGAGAACGACGCGCUUCGAUCGCGUAUAGACGAGAUGCAAGAGAUCGAGGAGAAAUCGAUCGCCGAGUUAACGAGGAACGUGAAGCAUCUGAUUGACGAGUACGAGCAUUCCAGAGCGAAGAUAAAAGAGUUGAACGCGGCGGAGGCUCAGAAAGAGUUGCAAACGCAAUUGAACGCCACGAUGGAGGAGUUACAGACGGAAAAAGAGAAACACAAUCAGAACAAAGAUCGUCUUCGACAAACGGAAUCGUUGCUGCAAAAGGCGCGUACGAAAAUCAGAGAGAUGGAAACGCAAGUGAUGAAUGACAAGGAGAAAAUUCAGCAGCUGCAGGGUAACAUGAAAACCAUGGAGAGUCAAAUGAAGCAAAAGGAUCUGGCGAUAGACACUAGAUUGAAGGAUAUGCAAAAGUCGAUGAAAAACAACGAGGAUCUCGUGGCAAAGGUGGAAAAGCAGAGGGACAGCUUUGAAGCACGGUUGGUGGAGCUUAAAGAGAAGAUGAAUAGCAAGGAAAAUGAAGCGAUGAACACUAUCAAGGAGCUGUCUGAAAGACUGAAAGCAGUUACCACCGAUCUUAGAGUUGAACACGAGAAGAGGCAACAUGCAGAAGACGCGUUUGUGGAGUUAGAGGAGCGGUACAAGAAUCUUGAAGACAAGAGCAAACAGUUGUGUGAGCUUGCGGAAAAGAAUAAAGACUUCACUAUUACGGAGGGUAGUCAUACAGAGAACGAAGUACGCCUGUUCAACGAUUUGCAGGCAACCAAGAACGAACUGGAGGCGGAGAGGCAGAUGAACUUGAAGCUGCAGGAGGAGAAAGAAGAAAUCAUCGCAGUAAUGCAUCAAGCGGCCUGUCGCGAGGAGAACGAAGAUUCGAGGGAGAAAUUGGCUGCGCAAUUGGUAUUCAAAUCCAACGAACUCCAGAACUUGAUGAUACAGUACUCGGAACUGAAAAAAAUUGCAAAAAACGCCCAAGAAAAAAAUGGGAUCUUAGAAAAGCAAUUGAUAGACAUUCAAACACGGCUGCAUUCACAGUCCAUGGAAGGUGGAAGAGCUGGGUUAAGCGCUCAUGCGAUUGAGCUUCAACAGCAGGUUUCCGAUCUGCGCAAUAAUUUGGUAGAAGUGAUUCAGCAAAAAGAGGAGCUGGAGACUGCAUUGAGUCAGAAGCAUUUGGAGUUGGAACAGCGCGAUCGUGUGAUGCGUGAGCAGAGCAAGUUUCUGAAAGUCAGAGACGAAUUGCUUGAUAUCUUGAAGGGAAAGGCACAACAAGAGAAUGGAGAGUUAUCCAAUAGUAAUGAGAACAACGAAUAUCUUGAACAGAUAGCCACCAAAACGGAGGCGAUUCAAGAGUUGUACACAACGCUGGAGAACAAACAGCUGCAGAUCAUGCGUUUGGAGAAGAUGGUGAAGUUGAUGGAGGAUCACCAAGAUCGAGCGCAGGCUCAACGCACGCGUUUGGAGAAUCGCAUUGCUCAACUAGAACUGGCUUUACAAAGGAACAAAGAACAGCGGUAUUUACACAAUUACGGAGACUAUACACAGCGACAGACAUCCUCCGAUGAGGACCAACCUUAUAUUUGUGAACGUUGUCGACAAGAAACAUUCGCAGAGAAAAAUGAACCUUGGUUGAGCAAAAACGAUUCCACCGAAAAUAUAGACGAAUUUUCUCGUAAUUGGUUACCGAACGCGUCCAGUCUGGAAAUAGAUCAAAAUUCGAUGAAUAUUCAUGACUUCCAAAACAAUAAAUAUUUUUAUGAUUCACCUUCGAUAGAUAGAAAUAGGAAAUAUAUCUCCAGGAUGUAUAAUCUACAUGGAGAGUUCGAUAACAUAGACGAUAGUAGCAGGGAGUCGCAAAAUCCUUAUCAGAGAGAAUAUUAUCAAUAUCAUCAUCUUCAUCGUCGAGUUCGGUCGCCCUUGGUAAAUAGGACUGUACCUCAUGGUGUCAACUUGUAA